AUGACUGAGGCUGGCACGCGGGCCAACGAGCGAGGUCUGGUCAAGGUCGAUGAUAUCGCUAAGCAGACAUCUCUGGCAUGUACACCGGUGGAUCGCGAGUACAUCGCCUACGGUGUGGAUCUGUACAGUCGUCUGUCCAAGGGUGCUGCUGGCAAUGAGAACAUGGCGGAUCUUCAGGCGGAACUCCAGACAUACACCGAUAACAGAUCCAAGAAGGUCGCCCAGAUGGUGGAUCAGAAGCAAAAGGAGAUUCUGAAAGGGCUUCGGGCCCGCGCAGAUAAGGCGCUGGAGACCACCCAACUUCUUAAGGAUACCGUUCAACAGAGAGGAAUUGUCAUCAGCGAGGACUCCAAGAACGCAAUCAAAGCAGGAGCGGAGACUGCUAAGGCCGAGGUAAAGGACGGCUUAAUCAAGAGCAGUAUACUACCGCGACUGAGAAUAUGUCGCUUGAUGACCUUCAAAUCGGGCAUAUGA